CUUCAAGUAACAAGUGUGCAUUAAAACGUGGGGUAGCUGCUUAGCUCACUUCUAUCUCCGCUCUCGUUGACGGUAUCAAACAUUAUGAAGUAGACAUCAAGACCACGACCUUCUUCAAACUUGAGACGAGAACAACACGAUGGCACCCAAAACACGAGAGACACGAGUCGACAGCUUCAUUGACCCAAGACUCCUCCCACCACUACACAAGCCACUCACUCUCCCCGAGCUAUGCGAUGACGUCCUACUACUCAUAUGCGACUUUCUGGACCACCAUCACCAGCAACACGGCGAAACCCCAUGGAAACAACUCUCCCUAGCAAAUCGCCGUCUCCACGCCCUCCUCGUUCCACGACUAUUCAAAACCCUACGCGUCGCCGCGCCGCUCAAAUCCCUAGACACAGACGCCUUAACACCUUAUUUGCACCAAGCUCGCGCGCUCAAAAUCGACAUGUUCGGCAGUCUAUGGUGGUGGUGCUCCGGCGCCUACGUAUCCAGUAGCGACGCCCUCGAUCUAUUUACCUUUAUGCAUUCGUUACCGCGGCUAAAGCGAUUGGAAGUGAGGAUGAUGAGUCGGAGUCUGGAUGUCUUCUCCGCUGCGUUCACCGACUCUUCACUUCCAUCCCAGUUCCCUGGGUUUGAGCUGAGAGGAGUAGAGACGUUGGUUGUCAACAGCAGCGCCGCGUUCCUAGUGCAGCAUUGUCCCAAUCUGCAGACGUUGGUGGUGAAGGGGAAGGGCGAUGGUGAUGAUUGUGCAAUGGACAAGUAUACCGAGCUGAAGACUUUGUUCGAAAUAAUUCCGCGGUCUAGCCUGAGAAGGGAAGCACACGAUCCGUAUUUCCAGUACGCAGUGGGGCUGCAAAGGUUUGACGGAAGUGCUGCAUGGUCUCUGGCUGAAGUUACCUUUCUCACGACGACGUUUCCGAAUAUUCGUCAUCUUGUCUUGCGCAGCGAGUCGUACUGUUAUCGAUCCGAUGUCGCGUCCAUUAUGCAUACUCUGGGUCAAGGCUUGAAACAACUCAAGUCGCUACAGGUCAGCAAGAUCGAAUAUCUUGAUAUGGGAUAUCGGGCAGUGUGGAAACGAGCGGUCAUGGAAUGUAAGACGGAAGAAGCAAGACAGGCGUUAUGGAAAGGGAACGAGAGGAGGAGAGUCGCAGCCGAAAACAACGUUGCGAGGUUAGCAUUUGGUGAGGUGGAAGCACUGGAGGAGUUAUGGGUGGGUGAAAAAAGGGUUGCGAGACGACAUGGUGGGAGCGGGGAAUCUUGGAUAUGGGAGCGUAAUCCGGAUGACACGGUGGAUGCCGCGCUGAUAGGAAUGAAGUGGGCGGAGUAUCGUAAGGAAAGGGAGGCUGUGGUUGUGACGAGGGAGAGAGGGAUGUAAAGGAGGUGAAAAGUUGGCCAACUGCAGCUUAACUCAUAUAGAUAGCAAGUUGUUCAGUCAAGAACAGAUAAUCCAUCCUCAUAUAGCGUCUAAUAAAUAACAGGGUACAUCGUACCGAAGGGGAGUACAGCUUACCCGAUAAAUGCUAACUAAAGCCCACAUACCCAAGAAUAAGCCAUGCUGUCAGUCCUCAGAUAGGCCUCUGACGCCAGGUUUAAUGCAACAGAACACAAAGCCAUCCAUCAUACAAGCCAUCACACGCCAUCACACGCCAUCACACGCCAUCACACGCCAUCACACGCCAUCACACGCCAUCACACGCAAAC